CAGUAUUAAGCCAGAGCUGCUCGCGUUGGUACUCGCGAGCUAAAUUGCUUCGCUCUGACCCCAAACCCCGACCAACAACCACUCCCAACAACUAUCAAUAAAACAAACAAACAAAGGAACUUGAUAUCCCGACACCGAUACCGCCUGAUACCGUCGCCAAGGAGCAAAUUCUGGAGAAGAUGAGCAGCAAGGUGACCUUCGUGUUCGACAGCAAUCCCCUGGGGGUCUAUCAAGCCGGUCAACUAGUAUCCGGCACCGCCGAACUGGUUACGGAGCGUCCAAAAACCAUUCGAUCGAUCUUUAUAACCAUUAAUGGAUACGGGGAGACGCGAUGGCAGGAGAGCGAGGAGCGGGUGGGCGAGGAUGGGAAGACGACCAAGUCACUGGUGACCCACACCACCACCGAGGUGUACUACAGCACUGACCAGCCGGUUUACGGACAGGCGGGCGGAUCCCAGCUGGAACUGCCCACCGGAAAGUAUGUCUUCCCCUUCCGGACAACCAUUCCACCCAAUGCACCCACUUCCUUCAAUGGGGAACAUGGUCAGAUCAAGCAUGAGGUAACCCUGACCAUUGAUCGCGCCGUGCGUUACAACAAUACCUUUAAGCAGUGCUUCUCGGUGAUCCUGCCACACGAUCUGAACAAGCGGCAGCAGUAUAAGGAACCCUUGCAACGCCUGGAGUCGAAGAGCUUCUGGUGGGGUUCCAUUUUCGGGGCCCAUAAGCCCAUGAUCAUGGACGUGAGCACUUCUUAUUCAGCCUAUGUGCCCGGUCAGAAGAUCCACUUUCAUCUGGUGCUAGACAACCAGUCGGAUGUCCAAUGUAUGGAUGUGAAGGUACGUCUGAUCAAGAACGUAUCGUACCGAGCGAAUUCUUCAGGAGCAAAGGAGCAGCUGAAAGUUACCGAAUCUCGAGUGGCGGACAAACAUUGCGGUGAGGUUCUGAAACACAACAAGGCCAAAUUCGAUGAGUUCCUCGUGGUGCCGCCGACCACUCCAUCGACGCAGAGCGAAAAGGAUCCCAUUCGAGUUAGCUACACAUUACGCUUUAUUGCCAAGACUUUCAAGCUCCACGGUGGUGGGGACUUGGUAAUGGACUUUCCACUAACCAUUGGCACCGUGCCGCUUUUGGGAAGUGCUGAUGACAAGGCACCAGGACAGGAAAAGUCCCAGCCAAGUGGAACCUCUCAUCCAGGAUCUCCCAACUUCCAGGAAGACGUCAGUGAAGAGCAGUUCGAGUCCAACACCUUUAAACCAAGAUAUCCCGUCUACCCCUUCGAUGGAAAGCCGGGAACUAAUGGUUCCAAUGGAGCAGCCAACUUCCCCAGUCUUUAUCCCAAGGCGGAGGAUGCAGUGCCUCCUGCUCCUGUUAAAAUUACGACUCCGAAGCCGAGUCCAGUGUCACCAGCCGCACAAAAAUCGCCACCAUAUCCAACCAAUGCACCUGCUGCUGCUCCUGCUGGCGGUAAUUUCGAGGUGCUUGGCUUCAGCAUACCACCGGACUAUAAGCCCACGCCUAGUGCUCCAGCCGAUGCUCCCACAGGCGGCAUUGGGUGGAAAUAGGGACCAUUGAUUAACCUUUUUGUAUUAUACUUUUUAAGCCAUUUUUAAAUAAACACGAAAGCGCGCCCAAGUGGCAACGCCAUGAUCGUGACAGCUACAUUUUAUCGAUA